AUGUGGCUUUCAAAGGGUAGUAGCGCAGAAAGGAAUGGUGGUGGAAAUAGGUUGGUGGCAGUUGCCAUAGACAAGGAUAAAGGUAGCCAGCAUGCUCUCCGAUGGGCCAUUGACAAUCUUCUUAGCAGAGGACAAGCUGUCGUUCUCAUCCAUGUCAUACAUAAACCCCUAUCUGCUUCAUUUGGGAACAAUGGUGCUGUUUCUGAUGUCAAUGGAGCUGUGUAUGCUCAUAAGCAACAAGUCGAGAAGCAAACCAACGAAUUAUUCCUUACCUUCCAUUGCUUUUGUACCCGUAAAGAUAUACAGUGCCUUGAUAUCAUACUUGAAGAUACAGAUGUUGCGAAAGCGUUGACAGAAUAUGUUUCUUAUGCUGCAAUUGAAAACUUGGUUCUUGGUGCCUCAUCACGAAAUAGUUUUAUCAGAAAAUUCAAGAUUUCAGAUGUUCCUACCAAUGUCUCGAAAGGAGCACCAGAUUUCUGCACCGUGUAUGUCAUCUCCAAAGGAAAAAUGUCAUCAGUGCGGAAUGCCUCUCGUUCAGCGCCUUUCACUUCUCCUCUUCUUGACCAACUUCAUGACCAAGUCAAUAGCACUGGCUCUCUUGCUGAUGCAAGGCCCAAGCAUAGUUUUAAUCUAAAAGAUGUGGAACCUGUAGCAGCAGUAGAAAGAACACCAAGAAAGUCUCGUAGUGUGCAAGAUGACAACGAAUCAAUCAAAUCACCAUUAGUUGGAGGAAGAGGUUUACCUGGAAAGUUUGGCGGGGAGAUCUCAGAAUCAGAUACUGACAUAUCAUUUGUGAGCUCUGGGAGGCCAAGUAUCGACCACAUGUCUUCUACACUCUAUGACAGCGUGGAUUCUGUCCAGACAUCACAGCUUUCUACUAGCUCAGACCACAGCUUCGGGUCCAUCCGGCUGGGACCUAAGUGGACUGAUAUCAGCUCACUGCAUGAAUUUUCAACAUCCUCAUUUGAGAGUGGAAGGACGUCAACUUCGUCACAGGAUGAUGCGGAAGCUGAGAUGAGGAGGCUAAAGCUAGAGCUGCAAAAAACAAUGGAGUUGUACAGUACAGCAUGCAAAGAAGNUAGACUUAAUUGA